AUGUCGUCCAACUUCCAAAACUUUUCGGUGGCCGACUUCACCGGAGGCAAGGUCCCAGACUACAAGAUUGUUACUACCAAAGCCAAGCGCGAGUCGAAGCGCAAGGAGUCGAAGAGCAAGAAGGAUGUCUCGUUGCCCUUUAUGGAUCUGCCACCCGAGAUCCGUACCAUGAUCUACAAGCUCCUUCUUGAAGAAUCCUUGACCGAGCUCAACUUCAUCACUCAGCUCGGCACACAAAGGCUCCAACGCGGCUACCUGCAGAAAAGACCCCCCACAUCUCGCGCAACUAAAGGGCUGGACAUCAUCCGUCCCAAGGCCAAGGACAAGGACAUCACACGCUUCCAUCCAGCAAUCUUGCGUGUUUCCAAGUUCAUCCACGCCGAGGCGCUCCCUAUUCUCUACCGUCAGCCCUUCUACUUCGAGCACCCCGUCGCCAUGAAGCAGUUUCUUCUGGUAAUCCACUCGACCAACCGUCUCUUAGUGGAGCGCAUCGUCCUACGUGGCUGGGACUGGCCGUGCGUCAAGUCAUGGAGAGACGCGCUUGAACCUGCCUUCGACAGACUUGUGUCCGCUCGCAAUCUCAAGAGCCUGCGUCUCGAACGUCGCGUCCACUCCAACGGCGAGGGAGUCCUUGAUCGAACCCACUUGCCUCUGGAAUACCAGCUCUACCAGGCCAACUCAAUCGUUCAUGCCGCCAAGUUCUGGGCUCAGUCUCUCGACGAAGUCAAGGGAAAAGGCACUGCAUGUUCCAUUUUAAGCGUCAGUGACAUCAACUUUGGCUCUAAGGAUGAGAUCGCACAAAAGGAGAAGAAGUUUCUCGCCAGGAAGAAGAUCUUCUUUGACCACCUGAAGCUCGAUUGA